AUGACGAAGGGAACGACCAGCUUUGGAAGAAGAAAUAAGAGAAAUCACAUUCAGUGCAUCCGGUGCGGGAAUGAGUCGUACCACAAACAGAAGAAUGAGUGUGCCAGUUGCGCAUAUCCGGAGAGAAGAUGGAGAAACCCCGGAUCUAUCAAGGCCAAGGGCAGGCGAGCAGAAGGCACUGGGCGAAUGCGGCACUUGAAGAAGUACGUGCGAAUCAACAUGAAGAAGUCAAUUGCCAACAACCGCUGCUAA